AUGUGGUUUAUUUAUGCAGGGAAAGGAGACCUAGUGAGUUGCUCUAGGGAGAAGAACUCAGAAUUAUUUUAUGGUGCUCUUGGAGGAUUAGGUCAAUUUGGGGUGAUAACAAGAGCAAGAAUACCUCUAGGACCUGCACCAACUAGGGUGAAAUGGCUCCAUCUGCUUUACACCAACUUCACUGCAUUUUCUAGAGAUCAAGAACAUUUAAUCUGUUUCAGUGAAAAGAACGACACUACUGCAUCAGAUUAUGUAGAAGGCAAGCUUCUAUUGAAUCAGCCACCACUGGAUCUUUCCUUUUAUCCAGAUUCUAAUCAUCAAAGGAUAACUUCACUAGUAACUCAGAAUGGCAUUAUCUACAUCAUAGAGCUUGUCAAAUACUAUGACAACAACUCUCAAGCACGUGUCCAGAAGGAUGUGGCAGAUUUGGUGAAAGGGUUAAGUUUCGUACCAACGUUUAUCUUCGAAAAAGAUGCAUCAUACGAGGAGUUUCUGAACAGAGUUCAGGCAGAUGAGCUGUUUCUAAGGUCAAAAGGACUUUGGGAAGUUACUCAUCCUUGGUUGAACAUCUGGAUUCCAAGAUCUCGAAUCUUGGAUUUUAACGAAGGUGUCUUCAAGAACAUUAUUCUUAAGCAGAACAUUUCUAGUGGAAUUUCUUUGGUCUACCCAAUUAAUCGAAACAAGUGGGAUGAUAAGAUGUCACCAGUUACACCAGAGGAAGAUGUUUUCUACGCUGUAAGUUUUCUGCGUACUGCAGAUUCCUUAGAUAUGGUGGAGAAAUUUCAGGCUCAAAACCAACAAAUAUUAGAGUUUUGCAAGCGUGCUGGUAUUAAGAUCACGGAAUAUCUCACCGGGAACAAAACACAAGAACAAUGGAUGGAACACUUUGGUUCAAAAUGGAAACUUUUUGCACAUAGAAAAGCUGAAUUUGAUCCCAACAAAAUAUUGUCACCAGGGCAAGGGAUUUUCCAAUAA